CCACUAUGUCAAACGUCUCAAAUAUACUCGUAGCAUAUAAACGCUUCAAACACGGAUUUUAGAGAAAUUUAUUACACAAAUUACAUUAUCCAACGAAAAGAAACAGACUCGGUUCGAAAAUAAAAUCAUCGUCAAAAAAAAAAAUCAAAAUAUUAAAUACCGAAAAAAAAUAACAAUGAUAACGCACGGACGAGGUAAUGCAAACAGAUAGGUAUGUUGCCUAACUCAGAUAUCACAAAUUCCGUACCCCUCGGACAUCUUCAUUAAACUUCACAUUUUGGCUAUGGAUGAAUUUAAAAAAAAAUAUACGACGCUUAAAGAUGACGAUGUCGAAGUGAUGUCCACACAAGAAAAGUUUACUGCGGCCAUAAACGUCAUCAGGAGUUUACCAAAAGAUGGUGCAUACCAACCAUCCAAAGAUCUCCUGCUUCGUUUUUAUGCAUAUUUCAAGCAAGCAACAGUAGGACCUAACAAUCAGCCUAAACCCAGCUUUUGGGAUGUCGUUAAUCGAGCAAAAUGGCAAGCUUGGUAUGAUUUAGGUAACAUGUCAAAAGAGGAUGCAAUGCAAGAAUAUGUCAAUGAGUUAAAAAAGAUUGUAGAAACUAUGGCUUAUACAAAUCCUGUGGCUGAUUUUGUGUCUAGCUUAGAUUCAUUUUAUGAAUCAGUUUCCAUUGAUGACUUAGAAAUGGUGGUUGGUCCAAUUGAACGAGGCAAUUUAAAUGAAAAAAACAGUUGCAGCAUAGUUUCAUCAAUAAAUGAACAUCGAGAUAUAGCAGACACAGAAAUAGACGAAGAAUGUUUUCAUGAUGUAUUAGAAUCAAGUGCAGAGCGUUUGAUCAACAUUCAAAAUGUUAAUCAAUAUUCAAAUUCUGAUGACUAUAUUGAAGACCUUGUGCCCAACAAUUUUAUUCCAGUAUCUCAACAAAAUGAGGAUAGUAUGAUACAGUUUACAUAUGCAAACGACUUUUUAGAUGAAUUUAAAUUACAAAUAAGAAAUACAAUAUCCUCUAUGAAGUAUGAUCUGGAUGUUGUAACUAAUAGAAUUGUUAAAAUAGAACUGAAAUUAGAUGAGAUGAAAACGAGAGAACAAAGACAUCCUCAUGCUUCAUACUAUAAUUUAUGCCAGAUGGUGGUUCUAAUUGGUUGGCCAAUUAUUGUACAGCUAAUAUUCAAUUGGUUUAGAAGGCGAAAUAGACAAAAAGCUUUAAACGUAAAAAUUUUGUGAUAUUAUAUUAGGAUUGAAAUUUAUUUUGAUUGAUCUAUUGUAUCAUU